UGCAGUUCUUUAAAAAAAAGUUAACUGCAGUUCUUUAAAAAAAAGUUAACUGCAGUUCCUUAGUUUCAUGAUUUCUAGAACUACCCACAUCGAUUUAAUUGUAGAUGCUUUUGUAGUAAUUGCUAUUUUUUUUGUUUGUACUUGAUACAGUGAAGAGACCAAAAUUAAGAUAUCAUUGGGAGUGAGGCGUGGGUGGAGCUUGCGUCUACAGAAGCUAAUGGUUCAGGAUGGCUGCUUUGUGCAGUGGCGGGAAAUGAUAGCAAAUGCAGCUAGGAAGGGCUUUGCUGGUGGAGUUGCCUUCCAAUGGAAUUCACAUAAAAUGUUGACUGAGCAACUGCGGCAGGAAUGGUUGGAGAAAGUCCAGCAAAGAAGAUCAAUGCCUAGGCCGACAGGUAAUAGAAGAGCGCCAAAAACCCCAGAGCAGAGGAGAAAAAUUGCAGAAGCCAUUGCUGCGAAGUGGUUGGAUCGAGAAUACCGUGAACGUGUUUGCAGUGCAAUUAAUAGCUAUCAUGGAACAUCUUCUGGAUCUAAAGUACCGCGUAAACAAAGAACUCCGAGAGAACCAGGUGCAAAGCGUGAAAAAAAGAAAUCUAUUCAACACAGAGCUGUCAGCUUGGACGAUGCACAUGCAAAAACUGCUCCAGUUAAGAGAAAGAAAAGUGCAACUCCUUACAAAGAUCCUAUGGCAGGUGAGAAACUAGAGAUGAUAACGAAGAUUAGAGCCCAAAGGACAGCACUGGAAAUAGAGAAGAAAGAGGCUAUUGAAAGAGCCAGGUCACUCAUUGUAGAAGCCGAGAAAGCUGCAAAUGCUCUUGAGCCUGUUGCAGCGAAAAUUCCAUUUGCUCAAGCAUCACUUAUAGAAGCUAGAAAGCUUGUUACAGAGGCAAGAAUGUCACUCGAAGGUGUUGAUGAUAAUGAUGGGCCAGCAGAAAGUUCUUCUGAUGAUACCUCGGAUGACUCAGGUGUCUCGGAACUGCACAAGUUGGAGAACCAAAAUGACCUUAUUAAACAAGAGAACAAAUCUGUAAAUGGAAUGAAGCUACCUCCAAGGACUGUUAAUGGCAUGGAUUUCUAUUUUGAUGUGUCUGCACUAGGUGAAAAGGAACAACUCAGUAUGUUUCAGAGGAUAGAGAACUCCAUGGAAAGAGCUUAUUUGCUUCCUUCAGCUUUUUCAACAGCUCAAGAUGUGAACGGAAAUCUUGGAACAAAUGAUCUAUGUAUCAGUGAGCAAGUGGUCAAUAACGACCAGAUCGACCGGAUUGCAGCAGAUACAACAGAAUUUAUUUCAGCAGAGCCACUAGAGAAUGUGUCCUCACCUGCUAAUAAGUCUAAGAUGAGAUGGGUACGUGGAAGACUAGUUGAAGGAGAAGAAUAAACUAGGUCUAAGGAGUCAAAUCCUCGGGAGACUCAUCAUCCGAAAAUGCUUAGAUUUGCUUCCAUUCUGCCAGGAUCUGCAAUUUGCAACAGGGAAAUGCAAUACUUGGAAGCAGAUGCUCGUUGUUAUCUAACUGGUGUGGACGGGAUUGAGUGGGAUUCAUUUAUUGUUGGUAUGUUCCUCCCUGGAAGAAAUUGACGAGCAUUCCAGGGAACGGCCUUCUGAUGAGCAUUGUAAUUAGUAGUUGGGACUUUAGAAAUUGCCCUCGGGUGUAGUCAGUUUUAGGAGAAAACUGACUAUAAAUCAUGAUUAAGAUGAUAUAUUUAUGGAAUGCAAUUCCCCUCUGGCCGUGUUUGUUAGGCCCCUCA